AUCUUCCUGUACUUGGAUAUUGGUUUCUACAGAUUUUCACUUGUAGGGAUACAAAUGUAGUUUACAAACUCUGGUCUGUUCUUAUAAAGUUUGUGAAUGACAGAGUAGGAGGGAGUAAAACUCAGCAUCAAGUCAGCUUCAGAGUGGCUAUUAUCUCUGCUGUAAGCAGUGGCUGAGGACCUAACAGGGUGGUGCAGACAUUUAAAGGACUGAAGCAGAUCAAGAGGAAGCCUAAAACCAGUAGGGCUCCUCCAUCGGAUGGUUACAAGCAUCAUGGAAACACUGUAACUUAGAAGAAAACUAAACUUCUGCCUGCACCUUGCAAAUAACAAGUUCCCUGGGCGAUUCCUAUUUUGCCACCAUGAAAGAAGAUUUUGCUGAGGAAGAGGAGGUACAGUCUUUUGGAUACAAGAGGUUUGGUAUUCAAGAAGGCACACAGUGUACAAAAUGUAAAAACAACUGGGCCCUGAAGUUUUCUAUCAUAUUGCUUUACGUGUUGUGCGCUUUACUUACAAUUACAGUCUCUAUUUUAGGAUACAAAGUUGUGGAAAGAAUGGAUGAUGUGUCAGGUGACAUGGCAAUGUCACACAUAGGUUAUUCCAAUAAACUUUCUGAGGUAGAGAUGAGCUUGAAAAAAUUAGAUGACCAAGCUGGAGAAAAGUCCACUAACACUAACUCAGAACUUUCAACUGUUAGGUCAGACAUUUUAGCAAUUCGUCAUCAGCUUCGUGAAAUCAGUGAAAAAACUUCCAGAAACAAAGACGCCCUAGAGAAAAUACAAGAAGCUGGAGAUAUAUUAGAAGCAAAACAAAGGCAAAUUAAAAAUGCUUUAGAUAACAACUCCUUGAUGAUCAAUGGAGUUAAUCAAACAUUACAGGUGUAUAACACAUAUGUCUCCAGUUUACAACAGGAUACCACCAAUCUGCAGACAAAUAUGCAGAGCCAAAUGAAGGCAAGCAAUAUGAUGUUUAUGAAUAUAAGUAAUCUUAACUUGACUCAGAUCCAGCAGAGAACUGUCAUAAGUACACUACAGAGAUCUGUGGACGAUACAAGUCAAGCUAUCCAAAAAAUUAAAAAUGAUUUUCAGAGUUUGCAGCAAGCCGUCCUCCAAGUACGCAAGGAUUCAGAGUGGCUAAAGGAAAGAGUACAGAACUUACAAGGCAUUGCAGCAAAUACUUCUGCUUUGGUUAAAGCUAACAACGAGACUCUAGAAGACAUGAACAGUCAGUUGAGUUCUCUUGGUGGCCAAAUUGACAAUAUCACAGUGAUUGCACAGUCCAAUGAACAAAACCUAAAAGACCUUCAGGAUAACCACAAGGAUUAUGAGAAUAAAACAAAUCUGAAGUUUAACAAUCUAGAAAGCAGUUUUCAAAAAUAUGAACUUGAUAUUAUAAGUAUUAUUGGCAACAUUAGCUACACAGCUCAUCAUCUGAGGACGCUGACCAGCAAUCUCAAUGAUGUUAGGACAACUUGCACUGAAACAUUGAGUAAACACACAGAUGAUUUAAUGAGUUUAAAUAAUUCUCUAAGUAAUAUGCAAUUAGAUACUACUUCCCUGCGGAUGGUUCAAGAAACAAUGAGGUCCAGAUUAGAUAAUGAAGUUGCUAAUUUAUCGUAUAUUAUGGAAGAAAUGAAAUUAGUUGAUUCCAAGCAUGGGCAGCUUAUCAAGAAUUUCACAAUAUUACAAGGACCUCCUGGACCUAGAGGACCUAAAGGUGAGAGAGGGACUCAAGGUCUUAUUGGACCAAUUGGACCAAAGGGACAGACAGGAGAAAAAGGAGAACCAGGCCCACCCGGCCCACUAGGAGAAAAGGGACCACCUGGACCAAUUGGUCCUCCAGGAGAAAAAGGUGGAAAGGGUUCAAGAGGUUCACAAGGCAACAAGGGGCAAAGAGGUUCUCCUGGAAAAAGCGGUGAACAAGGACCAAAAGGAGAUCCUGGGCCACCAGGGCCUCCUGGAAAUGUUGGACCUCCAGGGCCAUCUGGCCCACCAGGAUUACAAGGUGUCAAAGGAGUUACAGGUGACCCCGGUUUACCUGGUAUCAGAGGACCACCAGGCCCUCCAGGACAAUCUGGAUUUCCUGGUUUGCCUGGAACUAGAGGUCCCCCAGGUCCUCCAGGAGAAGUUGCAUCCUUGGCAUUGCAUAGCGUUCCUACUUCAGCCAUGCUAAGUGACCCAGCAGUAACUGGUUGUCCGGUAGAGUGGAAGAACUUCACAAAUAAAUGUUACUACUUCUCUAUUGGAAAGGAUAUAUUUGAUGAUGCCAAACUUUUCUGUGAAGAAAAAGGAUCCAUGUUAGUUGUGAUUGAAACUAAGGAAGAGCAACAAUUUUUAAAGGCACAGACAAACAGUAGAGGAAGUUUUUGGAUUGGACUCACAGAUGCAAAGGAAGAAAAUGUAUGGAAGUGGCUGGAUGGCACCUUGCCAAAUUUUAAGAACUGGAAGGAGGGGCAGCCCGACAACUGGAAUCAUGAAAAUGGAGGACCUGGGGAAGACUGUGCUGGUUUAAUAUACUCAGGCUUAUGGAAUGAUUUUCAUUGUCAAGACUUUAAUAAUUUCAUUUGUGAGAAAGACAAGGACAAAGAUUCUGACAUCUUUAGUGGACCCUAAAUACUACAAAUCUCUAAAGUUCAUCCUUUUAAAGAAUAAAGUAUAUUGGAAGCUUUCGUUGGCACCCAGUUAUCUUAAAGAAACAAGCACUGAAAAAGGACCUUUAAAAAUGUUUUUGUUAAUGUUACUAUCGAUUUUUUUUUUUUUUUUUGUAUAGACUGUGGAUUUUGACCAUUGAGAGAAAACUUCCAAUAUCUUUUUAGAUUUCACCCUGGAAAAUAUUGUGAUUCUCCUUCAUAGCUAUGCAAUAUCUUUCUAAAAGCAUAGAAUAUUUUGAAAUGGAUUUAUAACCUUUACUCAAGGCAUUUUCUAUUAACAAACACAAGCUACGUUAUAGAAAAUAUACAGUUAUAUAGUGCAAUGUUAAUCACCGGAAUAUACUUUUAAAAGGCUUUUUUUUAAGACGUAUUUUUGUAAACAAUACUUGCAUUAUUGCAUUAUUUUUUUAUUGUACUGUAGAAUUUGAAAGCCAAAGAAUACAAUCACGGUACUCAUUUAUGAGGUAAACACUGCUCAAGAGAAUUUUUAUUACAUGAAAAAAAUAUAUGUUUUUGUGAAUUGACAAUUUAAUAUUAAAAUAUGCAAAUAUUGAUUGUUCUUGCACAUUGGUCAUCUUUUGAAGACCAAACUGAAUUCAAAUGUUUUUAUCUUGUGCCUCUUCCUUCUGAAAUAUCAGUAUAACCCUCUUUAUCAAAUAUGUUCCAUACUGCACUGUAGUUGAUCAUCGGAAUUAAGGAACUGUCAUUCUUGCAAAAUGUUUGAAAGUCACGCCCAUUUUCAGAGUUUGUAGUUCACUUAAAGACUCGACUUUACCAUUAUCCAUAUAUUGUAUUUUUUUUAUAAAAGAUCAGAGAAAACAUAUUUGUUGCAUUCAAAAGAGGUUAUUUAAAGUGUGUCACAGUUCUAUUGCUAAAAACAGAUAACCCAGUGCAGAAUAAAUCUAAUAAGCACUGUAAUAUUAUGUCUACCUUAUGGUUCGUCACUACAGUUGUCACUAACUUCUAAUUGCCAUGAUAUAAGGACAAGAUUAGCCAAACCCCUGAGAAAGACACUUUUUCUACUGAAAUGUUUGUUAAGAUAAGAGGGUGUUGCUAAUUGUAGAUUGAGAUACAUUGGGAGAAUAACUUUGCCUAUGUUCUCUUUUUGGGAAUAACUAACAGCCCAUCUACCUUAUAAGGCUAUGAUACCCUGUAGUUAUGAGCUCUUGCUGUAGAAUCAUUAAAGGGACAUGAAACCCAUUUUUUCUUAUAUGAUUUAGAUAGAGCAUGCCAUUUUAAACAACUUUCCAAUUUAAAUCAAUUCUAUUAUUUAAUUUGUUUUGUUCUCUUGAUAUCCUUUGUUGAAAAUUAUACUUAGGCAGGCUCAAGAGCUUCUGAUUGGUGGCUGCACAUAAUGCCUCAUGUUAUUGACUCACUCAUGUGCAUUGCUGUUCCUUCAAAAAAGGUUACCAAGAUAAUUAGGCAGAUUAGAUAAUAGAAGUAAAAUAGAAAGUUGUUUAUAAUUAUAUGUUCUAUCUCAAUCAUAAAAGGACAUUUUUGGGUUUCAUGUCCCUUUAAGGCAUGGAUUUGCAUAGACCAGGGAAACAGAAACAUUUUUGCUAAAUAUUUGAUAAACAAUCCAAUAAUAAUUGACACAGGGAAAUGGAGUCAGCAAUUAGAUGCUAUGUUCAAUUACCCUGUGUGUUUGAACUCACUACCUGGCUGUGUUAGACCUCUAGUUUCUUGGAUUCCUAACUCUGUGGUUUUUUUGUCCAUUUAUUGUUGUUUGCAAUUAAUUUACUUACAAACCGUGUUUUUCACCAUGUGUCUUACAGUUGUUAACUGAAAGUUGAAAGUAAUAAAUGUAACAUUUGGAGAUUU